AUGGCGGCCCGUCAACGACGCCUUCUCCUCGUCACGUCGUUCGUGAUCCACGUGGCGUCCACUUCUGGUAGGCUGGCUUUUAAAAAAGCGAAUCCCAAAAUACCCCCCCCCCCCUGGCCAAUUUUGUUCGUUAUCACUCGUUUCUCAAGUACGUCUCGCUGACCGUUCGACGCGAGAAAAAGCGAAUUUUGGGGGGGGGGCAAACAGACAAUAUCGACUCAAGACGUUCAAAUGUUUUUUUGUGCAGGUAACAUCUACGGACAGGCUCAAGUGCAAGCACAGCAACAACAGCCACAACAACAGUACGCUCCACCGGGUUACGGUAAGUUCGAUCGGGGUACUGUAGAGAGCUUGUGUUGUACUGGCGAGUAAGAAACUUUAUUUUUGUGGAUUAGGGAAUGUAACUUAUUGUGGCCCUACUGCUAAAAAAAAGUUCGGUAGGGUAUCUAGCAGAGUCGAGCGGAAGAACUCACGGAAGAAUUUUUUUAAUCUUUUUUAGAAAAUGUUUUCAUGAAAUGUGAUCAACUGACGAAAUGUAUAGCAAAGUGAACUGUGCUCAUAGAAAAAUAUUUGUAAAUUUAGCUAUUCAUACAAAAAAGUUAUUCGAGUUGUUCCGUGAAAAAAGGAGGGCUAACGGAAGACGGAAGGAAUAACUUUUUUGUAUGAAAAGUUAAAUUUACACUUAUUUUUCUAUGAACAGAGUUCACUUUGCUAUACAUUUCGUCAGUUGAUCACAUUCCUUGCAAAAAUUUUCUAAAAAAGAUAAAAAUUCUUCCGUUGAGUCUAGGCUCUUCUGUAACUUAUAUAGUUUCAUGGAAUGUAUGGUUAGGCUAGGUCCUAUGAUCAAAAGUUUCAACAUGUCCUCAACGCUCAUUAAUCGCUAAUCCCUUGUCAUUUCGGUUACUUUACUGCAUAUUAUCGUUCCCGAUACUUGAAACUUCCCUCUCUUAUUUUGGCUUUUCCUCCUCGAAGACGCUUUCUUCUCUCUCCCUCUCUCUCUCUAUCUCUCUCUUUCUUCGGGUGGGGGAGCACGAUUGUUUGUCGACAUGUCAUUCAUUCGCUCAUAAUGCACACUGUUUGUGAGCAGGAGCAGGCCAGCCAGCAGCACAACGAGAAGGGCGACAACAAUUGGGGGGAGGGGAGCGCAAUCAAAAAGUGUUGGGCGAACUGAAGGCGGCGGCUCGGAUUGUACUUAUCAUGAAGCGAUUAAUGAUCAAUGGGGGUCUGGCAAUUCGAUAUUAAUCUAGUUAGAAAGUUACUAAUCUAAACGAGACCCAAUUAGAUUCGACUGUUUUUUCUUGGCGCAAUCGAGAUUUGAGCGCCAACAAACGGUUGGCGUGAAACUUGAUUUGAGCACUUAUUAAUCUAGCUAGACAAUUUAUUAAUCUAAUUAGGAGUCAUACACGGUCUCCAGAGCUGACAAUAUGGGCGUGGCCCCUCGGCCAAAUGGCUUUUUCGUGAAUUGAGCAGGUUUUCUCUGAUUUUUCUGGUCAAAGGCGAUGAAAAAUGAUUGUUCGACAUGAAAACACACUAAUUCUCACAGAAUUAAUGACGUUUUGGCGCUCAUUUUUCGCGGACUUUGCUUUUUCGCCGAUCGCCGCCCAAAAACUUCUCAUUUUGCGCUUUCUUGACCGUUUUCAGACAGAAUUGGUUUUGAGAAUGAUAAAUCACGUAAAUACAAACAUUUUGAGCGCUCGAACCGCGAAAAUUACCGAAAAGCAACUGAAAUUCGCGGAGUUUUAGCCAAAAACCUUCAAACGGAUAAAUGUGAUUUUCGACUUGACCAAAUUUAACGCCUAUACCAUCGGUCUAUCGAGAGACAAAUGAGAAAUUAUCGAUUUUUCGUGAUUAAUCUGGCAAAAAACACUAAUUUUGCUGUUAAAAUUUGAAUUUUGAAAUUUUUCUGUUAAAAUCCGCGUAGACUACGAUUAAAUGAAUAACGAAAUGCGCCAGAGGAAGGUUUUCUCGAAACAUCAACAUAGCCAUUUGAUGAAUUCAAAUUCCAGGCGACGCACAAACGUUCCAAUCCUCGUUCACCUAUUCGCAACAACCGGAACAGACGUAUCAGCAGCAACAACCGAUGCCGCAACAACAACCAUCGGCGGUUCAAUUCCACAGCUACAACUCGCAACCGGGCGUCCAAUACGGCGGCCAAUCGUCGUCCGCCGACGCGUUCUACCCGAAUCAGGCGGCGCUGACCGCAGCCGCCACGUCGUUCGCGACGAGUGCUGCACAGCAGUACGCACAGACGUUCGCGCAACAACAGCAGCAAAUGCCCGCGCAAAUCGAUCAGGCCAAUUUGGCCAAGUACUCACAGUAUCUCGACAUUUUGCAAAAAGCCUAUGGAAUUCAACUGCCCGGCGAGUUGACGAUGCAGCCGAAUAGUGGAGUACAAGCGGCCGGCGGACAGCAGCAACCACAGCAACAGGUACAUUCAAAUCAUCGAUGUAUCGAAACGUUGUCAACUGAUAAAUUGUUCGUCAAGACACGGUGUACAUUUUGUCAGUUGACAACUUUUUGAUAUCUCAACCGAUCGCUGAGAUACACGAGUUUUUCAAAAUAACUUUAUCGAUUAUAAUUCGUAGCCUAAUGGGGCUAUUCAGGGGAGGAAAAAAUGAUUGUUUUCCGUUUUUUUUCCCUAUUCAGCAAUGUCAAAAAAUGACGUUUUUUUCCGGCGGGUCUCGCAGCGAUUUCCCUGACGCGAAGCAUGCGGCUACUGUGAGAGACGCUGUAUGAGUGGAUUUACGAAAAUUUUUCUAAUUUUUCACCGAAAUUGCCACGUUUUUCCGCUAUUUUGAACCGAUUUUCACCGAAAAGCUCAAUGUUUUGAACGAUAUGACGAGGCACUCGAAGCUAUCCAAAAAACAAAAAGAAUUCAAGCGAAAUCGGUCGGAAAUAGCGGCAAGCGUGGCAAUUUCGCAUCAGUUACCAUAACAGAUAAAUAAGAACUGAAAUUCCGUUGAAAAUCGGUCGAAAAUAGCGGGAAAACGUGGCAAUUUCGCUGAAAAAUUUGAAAAAAAUUUCCCCUUCUCGUAAAUCCACUCAUAAAACGUCUCUCACAGUAGCCGCAUGAAAUCGCUGCGAGACCCGGAAACGCUUUGUUUCCGUUUUUUUUCCAUUUUUUGACAUUGCUGAAUAGGGAAAAAAACGGAAAACAAUCAUUUUUUCCUCCCCUGAAUAGCCCCAUAAAGAUAUUCGUCCUCAGGUGGUCCAACAACCGGCGCCUCAAACGUACGGUCAACCGCCGCAGCAACCACAGACGCAGACGUACUCGGGAUACCCUCAACAGCAAGUGGUUCAACCACAACCGCCACAGGCUCAGGCUGAAAUCACUUAUCAACAACAGCUCGCCGCCUAUCAGCAACAGCAACAGGUCUGCACUUUUUAUUGUUUUUUUUUCAUCACCUUGGAUAGUCUAUGCAUCCAAAAGACCACUAAAUGACUUAUUUUAGCAAAUUGCUCAACAGCAACAACAGCAACAAUUGGCCGCUCAGCAACAACAACAACAACAGGUGGGCGGAGACAUUUUGAGCUUUUUUCAGGGCUACCACCCCCUUUAAUUUAUAAUAUUCCACAACGCACGGCGACCAAAAGUGUAAAAAGGGGCGUGGCCUAAUCUGAGACGUGUUUUCUGAAAAUUCCAGCACUUUUCCGAUAUUUUUGUGUUUAAUAUCGACGAAAGAAGAGACAUUAAAGAGAGAAAACAUUGAAAUUUUCGUGAAAACGUCGCGUUUGAGACGUUUUUGGCAUAUUUCGCAAUUCGGAAUUUUCAAACCGGCCGAACUGGUUAGUUUUGAGACGAAGUGAGUGUCGGAAGUGAUUAAGCACGUUAAUACAAGUAUUUUAAGCGUUCAAACGGCAAAAAGUAUCGGCGAAUGAGUGAAAUUCGCGCAUUUUCAGCACAAAACUUGAAAAUCGAUUCAAUUCAUUUAUUUCUGAAUGAAACCUGCUCGUUUUAAGCUCAAAGUGCGCGAUGAUUAGUUUAAAAAAAGUUAUUAUGCAAUUACAUCGUCGAAACCCGUACAAAAAUUUGGUAAUUUUUGACGAAAAACAUGAAAAAUGGGAUUAAAUUUCGAAUUUCGCGCCAAAAUGGUGAUAAAUCGUGUACGCUAGGCCCCACGCCCCUUUCUACGUUUUUGGUCGCCGUGCGCAACGUUUGUUCCACAACAAAGUCGGUGAUUUACAGCUCGCCCAGCAACAAUCCCAACAGCAAGCUCAAGCUGCUGCUCAAGCCCAAGAGCAGCAGCGUCAGCAACAGGCCCAACAGGCCGCUCAGGCCCAACAGGCCGCCGAGCUGGCUCGUCAGCAAUUGGCUCAACAGCAACAACAACAGCAACAGCAAAAUCAGUACGGAGGAGUGCAACCGAAUGCGUACGCUCAGCCGCAACCUCACUCAAACCAAGGACCGCCGAUGAACUUCCUGCCGGCGCCUCAGCCCCAGGCCCCUCCAUUUGUGCAACAACCAGCGCCGACCCAACAACCGUACUACCCGCCACCACCACCUCCGGCCACACAAUCCCCAUCCUACAAUAACAACUAUCAGACGGCGGCGCUGGGACAGACGACCUAUGCGGGACAAGCGAAACCGCAAGUGUACACGUACCCGGGACCACCGCAGAGUCAGCCGCAAGUGCAAGUGCAGAAGCCGACGCACUCGACUUUGUACGGUCAUGAGAACAGUGUGAUCGAGGAGGACCAUGGAUCCGUAAUUUCACAGCAGCAAGUGGUCCCGCCACGACCUGUACAGCCACCGCAACCGAUGGUUGUUGCAACUGUGACACGGGCGCCGGUGGUCCCAAUGGUUGCGCCGACUUCGCCGGUGGUGGUGCCAAAGUCUCAGCCGAGACCACCACCAACUACUAGGGUAAGGGGCUAGGAUAUUUAAAACGCGAAUAUCUCGGCUGCCCGCAGAGAUAUCCAAAAGUUGUCAACUAACAAAUCGAGCAUUGAAACCGUGCUAUUGUACCAUUAUUUCAGCCGCCAACCCCGCCGACCCGUCCAUCGAGCCGUCCGCCACCACCUCCGACCACAAAAGCCGUCACCAGCCGUCCGACGGCCACGUCGGCGGUCACCGCGUCGCCGAGCCAGUCACUCACUCAACAGGUUUAUAUUCUUGGUCUUUUGUAUGAUUUCUGAACACUCCAUUUCUGUCUGAAACAUACCCUUUUUUGUCCACUAACCAACUUUCAGAUCCGCAAGUUGCCCGCCGUGCUCUACAUCGAUUCGCGUAACGAAAAAACAAAAGAGACGGAGACGCUGUUGCGAGACACUUACGGACUGCCCCUCGUCACUUUCUACGUCGACAAGGUUCGUCGGAUUCUAGGCCAUCUUCGCUUCCAAUGUCUAUCAGUUUGAAGUUGGGAAUUUCUAGAGAAUCCGAGGCCGCGCGUUGGGUUUCUAGGCCAUUAUGGGAGAAGUAGAGGGGCCACCUGGUUUCAAGGAUAAAUUAGGGAUUCUAGGACACCAAAAGCAGAAAGUUAGGCCACCAACUGUAUUUCUAGGCCAUCUUGGGAAGAGUUAGGCCACCAACUGUAUCUCUAGGCCAUCUUUGGAAGAAUUAGGUCACCAACUGUAUUUCUAGGCCAUCUUGGGACAAGUUAGGCCACCAACUGUGUUUCUAGGCCAUCUUGGGAAACGUUAGGUCACCAACUGUAUUUCUAGGCCAUCUUGGGAAAAGUUAGCUCACCAACUGUAUUUCUAGGCCAUCUUGGGAAAAGUUAGGCCACCAACUGUAUUUCUAGGCCAUCUUGGGAAAAGUUAGGCCACCAACUGUAUUUCUAGGCCAUCUUGGGAAAAGUUAGGCCACCAACUGUAUUUCUAGGCCAUCUUGGGAAAAGUUAGGCCAUCUUGGGAAACGUUAGGCCACCAACUGUAUUUCUAGGCCAUCUUGGGAAAAGUUAGGCCACCAACUGUAUUUCUAGGCCAUCUUGGGACAAGUUAGGCCACCAUGGGAAAAGUUAGGCCACCACCUCGUGCAUUUAUCUGUUUCAAGCAUUUCUAGGCCGCAUGGCGAUUUGGGAAUCUAGGCCGUCUUGGGAAAAGUUAGGCCACCAACUGUAUUUCUAGGCCAUCUUGGGAAAAGUUAGGCCAUCUUGGGAAAAGUUAGGCCACCAACUGUAUUUCUAGGCCAUCUUGGGAAAAGUUAGGCCAUCUUGGGAAACGUUAGGCCACCAACUGUAUUUCUAGGCCAUCUUGGGAAAAGUUAGGCCACCAACUGUAUUUCUAGGCCAUCUUGGGACAAGUUAGGCCACCAUGGGAAAAGUUAGGCCACCACCUCGUGCAUUUAUCUGUUUCAAGCAUUUCUAGGCCGCAUGGCGAUUUGGGAAUCUAGGCCGUCUUGGGAAAAGUUAGGCCACCAACUGUAUUUCUAGGCCAUCUUGGGACAAGUUAGGCCACCAUGGGAAAAGUUAGGCCACCACCUCGUGCAUUUAUCUGUUUCAAGCAUUUCUAGGCCGCAUGGCGAUUUGGGAAUCUAGGCCGUCUUGGGAAAAGUUAGGCCACCACCUCGUGCAUUUGUCUGUCUCAAGCAAGGUUCAUCAUUCAAAUGUUCAGAUUGAAAAGCCGGCGGCGAUCGAACGACAACUGCACCAACUGACCGCCCACAAAGGAAUGCCGUACCUGUUCAUUUGUGGAACAUUCAUCGGAAGUACGUAAUCGUCUACAGUACCCCGCGCGAACCAUGCACACGUUUUCAGGCGACUCACACAUUGAAAACUACCACUCGAACGGUCAAAUUCCGCAAUUGGUCGAGUACGUGUGCGGUGACGAGAAGAAGAAGAAGAAGAAUAAGACGACGGCAAAGACGACGGCGACUUAG